UUGUUUUAAUUUUCUUCUAAUUAAGAAUUUUUAAUUGAAAUAAAGAAUUCUUUUUGUUUUUCUGUGUGUGUUUGAGGUUCAAUUCUCUCUCUCCACUUUUUCAUUGUCUCAUUGUGUGGUGUUUUUUGAUUGAUCUCUGAAAAAUUCUUCAACAAAAAAAAAAUCGAAUUCUUGAUUAGUGUUCGAUUCGUAUCGACUAUUUCGACUAAAUUUUUUUCUACCCUGCUCUCUUCUCACUCAUAAGAUAAAUGUGUUUUUGUUUUGAAUUUUGAUGAAAAAUUAAUUUCUUCGAACACAAAUGGCUUCAUAUCCAUCAUCCUCAUCAUCAGAUAAUAAUUCUCCACAACAACCUAUUCCAUCAACAUCAAGAAAUUUUAUUGAUCAGCAACGAUUCUCAUCAUCAUCAUCAUCGACAUCACAAUUUUAUCCAAACGCAGCAAAUAAUAAUGGUAUAAUAAUGAUGGCUUCAUCAUCAUCAUCGACAUCCGCAACAACAAUACCACGUACAACAGAAUUGGAUAAUAUUUGGGAUGAUUUACGAAAUGGUAUUGAACAAGUUUAUAAACAUAAAAAUCAAGGAAUGUCUAAAAUACGUUAUAUGGAACUUUAUACUCAUGUUUAUAAUUAUUGUACAUCGGUUCAAACAUCAUCAUCAUCAUUAUCAUCAAAUAAUUCUCAUUUUAGUUCAUUAGCCAGUAAUGCUGGCUCAUCAUCAUCGAAUAGUGGCCAAAUAUCAUUGUCAUCAUCAUCACAUCAACGUUUACGUCGUCCAAUAACGAAUAAUGGUGGUGGAGGAAAUAAUAGUAGCGGCAGUGGUGCACAAUUUGUCGGUUAUGAAUUAUAUAAAAGAAUUCGUAGUUUUCUUCAAGAUUAUCUUACCACUUUGCUUGAGAAUGGUCGUGAUCUAAAUGAUGAAGAAGUUCUUCGAUUCUAUACAAAACAUUGGGAAGAUUAUCAAUUUUCAAGUCGUGUAUUGAAUGGUAUAUGUGCCUAUCUAAAUCGUCAUUGGGUAAAACGUGAAUGUGAUGAAGGUCAUAAAGAUAUUUAUGAAAUAUAUCAAUUAGCAUUGGUUACCUGGCGUGAAGUUUUAUUCUCCAAAUUAAACCAACAGGUUACUAGUGCAGUGUUGAAAUUGAUUGAAAAAGAACGAAAUGGUGAAACAAUCAAUACUAGUCUCAUCAGUGGUGUUAUGGGAUGUUAUGUUGAACUUGGCAUCAAUGAAUCGGAUAAUCAUCAGAAAGGACCAAAUCUUUCAGUUUAUCAGCAAGCAUUUGAGGUACAAUUUUUUCUUGAUACUGAACGAUUUUAUCGAAUGGAAAGUGAAAAUUUUUUGGCCAAAAAUUCUGUCACCGAAUAUAUGAAAAAAGCCGAACAAAGAAUUCAGGAAGAAAAUCGACGAAUUAUGCUUUAUUUACAUAAAAAUACAUUAGGAUUACUUAUGAAAACCUGUGAACGGGUAUUGAUUGAAGAUCAUUUGGAAAAAUUUCAUCAAGAAUUUCAAAAUCUAUUGAAUGAUGAUAAAAAUGAAGAUCUUGGACGAAUGUAUCAGCUUGUAAUGCGUAUACCGAAUGGUCUUGGUGAAUUGAAAAAUCGUCUCGAAGCACAUAUUACACAUCAAGGUCUUGGUGCUAUUGAAAAAUGUAAUGAAAUUGCUGUACAAGAUCCGAAAAUCUAUGUCAGUACAAUAUUAGCUGUGCAUAAAAAAUUUAGCAAAUUAGUACAGGAUGCUUUUCUGAAUGAUUCGGGUUUUGUUGCUGCACUGGAUAAAGCAUGUGGAAAAUUUAUCAAUAAAAAUGCAGUUACUGAUAAUUCAAAUUCAACAAAAUCACCGGAAUUACUUGCAAAAUAUUGUGAUUUAUUGUUGAAAAAGACAUCGAAAAUACACGAAGAAAACGAGCUUGAAGAAACAUUAAAUCAGGUGAUGAUUGUAUUCAAAUACAUUGAAGAUAAAGAUGUAUUUCAAAAAUUCUAUAGUAAAAUGUUGGCUAAACGUCUUGUACAACAUAUGUCGGCAAGUGAUGAUGCCGAAGCUAGUAUGAUCUCGAAAUUAAAGCAUUCUUGUGGGUUCGAAUAUACGUCCAAAUUGCAACGAAUGUUUCAGGAUAUUGGCCUAAGUAAAGAUUUAAAUGAAUUGUUUAAAAAAUAUCUUGGCGAAUCUAGUGAAGCACUUGAUAUCGAUUUUUCCAUACAAGUGUUAAGUUUUGGUUCUUGGCCUUUUCAACAAAGUUUUUCUUUUACUCUGCCAAAUGAGUUGGAACAAUGUGUUAAUCGUUUCACUAAAUUCUAUAGUGCUCAACAUAGUGGACGAAAAUUACUUUGGAUAUAUAGUAUGUCCAAAGGUGAAUUAGUGGCCAAUUGUUUUAAAAGUCGUUAUACUUUCCAGGCAUCAACUUAUCAAAUGGCCGUACUAUUACAAUACAAUACUACUGAUAAUCUGACCGUACAACAACUACAUGAUAUUACCGAAAUUAAAGAAGAUAUUCUACAUCAAGUUUUGCAAAUAUUGCUCAAAACAAAAUUAUUGGCCAUUUCUAAUCCGGCCGAUUGUGAUCAAUCUUGUGUUGUUGAUAAUGAUAGUUGUGAUAAUAGUCAAGCAUUCAAUAAAUCGGUCGGUCCAUCGUCGAUGAUACGUGAAUCAUCAACAGCAAAUAACAAUUCAACAGCAAUGUCCACCGAUACAAAUAGCUGUUCAUCUACAGGUGGUAAUGGUGAUGAAUUUAUUCUACAUCCACAUACACGUCUUUCGUUGUAUUUGGGAUAUAAAAAUAAAAAAUAUCGUGUCAAUAUCAAUGCACCAAUGAAAACGGAAAUGCGCCAAGAUCAGGAAAAAACGCAUAAACAUAUUGAAGAAGAUCGUAAAUUAGUUAUUCAGGCUGCUAUUGUUCGUAUAAUGAAAAUGCGUCGAACAUUAAAACAUCAACAAUUAUUAGCCGAAGUAAUUAAUCAAUUAUCAUUACGAUUCAAACCAAAUGUUAAUGUUAUCAAGAAAUGUGUCGAAGUUUUGAUUGAAAAAGAAUAUCUGGAACGAUCAGAAGGAUCAAGAGAUACAUAUAAUUAUCUUGCUUAAAAACAUUUCAUGUGAUAUACCCGGAAUAAACGAAACAAAUGAAACCAAAAAAAAGAAGAGAAAAAUUAACUAACGACAACAGCAACUAUAUUUUAUUGAAUCAAUUUGACAUUGGGAUUAAUUUAAUUAAUCAUCGUUUGAAAUAGCAAAUCUGAGUGACACUUUUUUUCAACAACAACACUAUACACCCCAAUCAAUCAAUCAACAUCUGAAAAAUGUUUUACAAUUUUAUUUACUUUUUGUAUACAAUACCACCAAACACCAAUACACACGAGUUUUGUUUCUCUCUUUUCCCCAUUGAUUAUGAAAUUUAUUGAUCACCGAU